CAGCCCCGAGCAGGCCGCACUCUAUGGUAACGCCGCACUCUAUGGUAACGAACAUGGCGGCCGGCGGGGAGGCGCCGUUCGCCCCCUCAGCGCUGGGCACUAGGCCGCACUGGGAUGCGGCGUAUGAGAGAGAGCUGCGAGCUUUUCAGGAGACGGGAGACGCUGGAGAAAUUUGGUUUGGAGAAGAAAGCAUGGUUCGCAUCAUCAGGUGGUUGGAGAAACAGAAGGUGCCCCUUGACAGCUCUGUACUCGACAUUGGAACUGGGAAUGGUGUUUUACUGAUUGAAUUGGUUAGUAUGCUGCAAAGAGGGAAGAUUUAGGUUGGAUGUUAGGGGGAAGUUCUUCACUAGGAGAGUGGUUAGGCCCUGGAACAGGCUGCCCAGG